AUGCGCGAAAAUACAUUGACACCACCUCAAUCACCAAGAAGCAGCCGUGCCCGUACACCGAACACUUUUUUCAUGAAGAAGGCUACUUUGCUAAGCGCUACGGAGCCACCGCUUGGGGAAAUAGAACAGCAGCCCAACUCAAAAUCCUGUGAUAAUGACAAAGUUGGAUCACAAGCGCUCCAUCUAGUGCCUGAAGCUGCGACAGGAUCAGCUUUCACAGCUGGUGACAACGUGAAGACCCUAGUUGCGGGCAAUGGUAUCAAAGACGCCAGCGACGGAAUAAGAACACAUCCGCUUGAGCUCGAUGGGCGCAGCAGUCCGAGCAACUCCUUCUUCGACGACGCUUUCUUCGUCAACGACGAGCAGAAGGACGAUGAGGACAUCGAAAUGCAGAGCAUAGCUUUAAUCCUGGAUCGGAUCGACAACCUUCUGAUACCCCUGCCCAUUCUAUCGACGUCUGGUCCAAACCACAUCACACCAGAUGAGCUGUCCAUGCUCAGUACGCUCAAUUGGGAGUACCAAAGGCAGCUCCCACCACUAAAUAUUGACGCAACCAUGGAGGCAGCGCUUUCAUGGACACCUCUUCCUCCUCGCCGGGGUGGUCAGUUUGGUGAAGAAGCUCUUGAAGAGCCAAGCAAGCACCCAACGACAAAUGCACUGGAAACUACCCCUAUGCUCAUCGGCAUCAUUGGAAACAUCGAAGAUGUUGAAGUAGAGGAGUGCGCAGAAACCAAGGAGGCUACGAAGCCCCAACCGCCCUUGAAGAACUCGCUCGAUUCCUUGGUAAGACUCCGGCUGCAGAGAAGGGCGUCCGAGCGAGCGCCACCGUCAUCGUCUCACACUCUGCCGCCGCAACCCAAGACUCCCACGCCCAUCCUCCCGAGUGCAAACGACCCGGGCGCCACGUCGAAGCUAGUCUCAGCAUUCAUGACCCUUCGAGGCGUCAAGAAGCGGCGAGCCGCACCUCGCAGUUGA